CCGUAAAGCGCGGCGGUCGAACGGCCGGUUCCGGCUGAAUGUCAGUGCCGGGCUGUGGGCCGGGGAGGAAGGUGCUUGGCGGUCUCUCCGCCGCCCCCGCCGCUGCCGGCUGAGCUUGAGAUGUCGCCGCGGACGCCGGGCCGCUGGGCGGAUCGGACAUGAAAACCUGAGGCGGGCGACGGGGCUGGGCUGCGGACAUGUUUGGCCGCUCGCGGAGCUGGGUGGGCGGGGGCCACGGCAAGUCCUCCCGCAACAUCCACUCCUUGGACCACCUGAAGUACCUCUACCAUGUUUUAACCAAAAACACCACCGUCACAGAACAGAACCGGAACCUGCUGGUGGAGACCAUCCGUUCCAUCACUGAGAUCCUGAUUUGGGGCGAUCAAAAUGACAGCUCUGUAUUUGACUUCUUCUUGGAGAAGAAUAUGUUUGUUUUCUUCUUGAACAUUCUGCGGCAGAAAUCGGGUCGUUAUGUGUGUGUCCAGCUGUUACAAACCUUGAAUAUUCUCUUUGAGAACAUCAGCCAUGAGACGUCGCUCUAUUAUUUGCUGUCUAAUAACUAUGUAAAUUCGAUCAUUGUCCAUAAGUUUGACUUUUCCGACGAGGAGAUCAUGGCGUAUUACAUAUCGUUCCUGAAAACACUGUCGUUAAAGCUCAACAACCACACUGUCCAUUUCUUCUACAAUGAGCACACCAAUGACUUUGCCCUGUACACAGAAGCCAUCAAGUUCUUCAAUCACCCCGAGAGCAUGGUUCGAAUUGCUGUGAGAACCAUCACCUUGAACGUCUACAAAGUGGAUAACCAGGCCAUGCUGCACUACAUCAGAGACAAAACUGCUGUCCCAUACUUCUCCAACUUGGUCUGGUUCAUUGGGAGCCACGUGAUCGAACUUGACAACUGUGUGCAGACAGAUGAGGAGCAUCGGAAUCGGGGGAAACUGAGUGACCUGGUGGCUGAGCACCUGGACCACCUGCACUAUCUCAAUGACAUCCUGAUCAUCAACUGUGAGUUCCUCAAUGAUGUGCUCACAGACCAUCUGCUCAACAGGCUCUUCCUGCCACUCUAUGUAUACUCACUGGAGAACCCAGACAAGGGAGGAGAACGCCCCAAAAUCAGCCUUCCAGUGUCCCUGUAUCUUCUCUCCCAGGUCUUCCUCAUUAUACAUCAUGCCCCACUGGUGAACUCUCUGGCUGAAGUCAUUCUGAAUGGCGAUCUAUCUGAGACAUACACAAAGCCUGCACAGGAUGUUCCCAGAAGUUCUGCCAAGCCCAGCAUCCGGUGCUUCAUUAAGCCCACUGAGACACUCGAGCGGUCCCUUGAGAUGAACAAGCACAAGGGCAAGAAGCGGAUGCAAAAGAGACCCAACUACAAAAACGUUGGGGAGGAGGAGGAUGAGGAGAGAGGGCCCACUGAAGAUGCCCAGGAAGACGCUGAGAAGGCUAAAGGUACAGAGGGUGGUUCAAAAAGCAUGAAGACAAGUGGGGAGCGUGAAGAGAUUGAGAUGGUGAUUAUGGAGCGUAGCAAGCUCUCCGAGCUGGCCACUGCUGGGGCCUCAGUGAGGGAGCAGAACACCACGGACGAGGAGAAGAGCGCUGCCACAGGCGCAGAGAGCACACAGUGGAGCAGACCCUUCCUGGAUAUGGUCUACCAUGCCCUGGACAGCCCUGAUGACGAUUACCACGCCCUCUUUGUGCUCUGCCUCCUGUACGCCAUGUCUCAUAACAAAGGCAUGGAUCCUGAAAAACUAGAGCGAAUCCAGCUCCCAGUGCCAAGUGCAGCUGAGAAAACCACCUACAACCAUCUGCUGGCUGAGAGACUCAUCAGAAUCAUGAAUAAUGCCGCCCAACCAGAUGGCAGGAUUCGUUUAGCCACACUGGAGCUGAGCUGCCUGCUCCUGAAGCAGCAAGUACUGACCAGCUCUGGCUGCAUCAUCAAGGAUGUGCAUCUGGCCUGUCUGGAGGGUGCAAGAGAAGAGAGUGUCCACCUUGUACGGCAUUUCUAUAAGGGAGAAGAGAUUUUUUUGGACAUGUUUGAGGAUGAGUACAGGAGCAUGACAAUCAAGCCCAUGAAUGUGGAAUAUCUCAUGAUGGAUGCUUCUAUCCUCCUGCCCCCAACGGGCACUCCACUGACUGGUAUUGAUUUUGUGAAGCGGCUGCCAUGUGGUGAUGUGGAGAAGACGAGGAGGGCCAUCCGAGUAUUCUUCAUGCUGCGGUCCCUGUCACUGCAGCUGCGUGGGGAACCUGAGACCCAGUUGCCACUGACUCGGGAGGAGGACCUGAUCAAAACAGAUGAUGUCUUGGAUUUGAAUAACAGUGACUUGAUCGCAUGCACAGUCAUCACCAAGGACGGCGGCAUGGUCCAGCGCUUCCUGGCUGUGGAUAUUUACCAGAUGAGCCUGGUGGAGCCUGAUGUGUCCAGGCUCGGCUGGGGAGUUGUCAAGUUCGCAGGCCUUCUGCAGGACAUGCAGGUGACAGGAGUGGAGGAUGACAGCCGUGCCCUGAAUAUCACCAUCCACAAGCCUGCCUCCAGCCCACACUCUAAGCCCUUCCCCAUCCUGCAGGCCACCUUCGUGUUCUCUGAUCAUAUCCGCUGCAUCAUCGCCAAGCAGCGCCUGGCCAAGGGCCGCAUCCAGGCCAGGCGUAUGAAGAUGCAGAGGAUAGCCGCCCUUCUGGACCUCCCAAUCCAGCCUACCACUGAAGUCCUGGGAUUUGGACUCGGCUCCUCCUCCUCCCAGCACCUGCCUUUCCGUUUCUAUGAGCAGUGCCGCAGAGGCAGCAGUGACCCCACAGUGCAGCGUUCUGUCUUUGCGUCCGUAGACAAGGUACCAGGCUUUGCUGUGGCCCAGUGCAUAAACCAGCAUAGCUCUCCGUCCCUGUCGUCACCAUCACCACCAUCUGCCAGUGGGAGCCCCAGCAGCAGUGGGAACACCAGCCACUGUGACUCAGGGGGCUCUUCCUCCACACCCUCGGCAACCCAGAGCCCAGCAGAUGCCCCCACAACUCCGGAACAGCCUCAGCCUCACCUUCUAGACAAGUCGGUGAUUGUGAAUGAAAUGGAAGUCAACUCCAAGCCCAGCAAGAACUUGGCCAGGAGCUCUGAGGCGGAGACCAUGCACCUGUCCCCCAGCCUCCUCCCCGCACAGCAGCCUACCAUCUCCUUGCUCUAUGAGGACAGUGCUGACACACUGAGCGUUGAGUCGCUGACCCUUGUGCCCCCAGUCGAUCCCCACAGCCUCCGAGCCCUCACUGGCGUCCCCCAGCUCCCCGCACUGGCCACAGCAGGCACAGAGCCCCCAGAUGAGGAUGCUGUAUACCCAGAGCCUGCAAGCCCCACAGAGCACUGAGUGGGCACCCAGGGACCUCCCUUUGUGUGUGCAGCCUGCCGGCAGGGACCCCAAUGCAGUUUGUGACAGCAAGACACAUCAGGAGCACACAUAAUUCUCCAUGGCCUUGGAAACUGUCCCUGACACCUCUUGCUGCAAGGCAGCCAUGAACCAUUGGAGUUUCUCAUUUGCUCUGACCUCUUCUUGAGCAGGCUGGGAUCUCAGAGACAGCCUCCUGUGUACAAAUGAUGGCAUUGGCCACCUCAGAGGGGUCUGGGGCCGUCUCUGAUCCUGACAGCCCCAGGUGCACCCUCCUUCAGGCAGCUCCCUUGUCUUCACUCCCAGUGUGCACAGAAGUGGACCAGGUUACUGUGGUCGCACUCUAUAGAGAAGCACCUGGAUAAACAUCUCUUUUGGGCUAUUUAUUUCUGGUUUUGGCAACAGGUGAAGAGAUUUAUUUAAAAAGAGUAUUUGGGGAGAGGGGCAAAGAGAAAAAGUUCUCAAACCCUAAGGCUUGGUGUCACAUAAGAAGUGCCAGCCGUUAGGUUCCCCUUGUGUAGAA